CUAUGUAACUAUCUUUUCUACAAAAAAUGUGCCUUCCUAUAUUUUUUUUUGCAUAUUUUUUAAAAAAAAAAAUUAUUUCUACGUAAUUACUAGAUCAUGUAUUUAUCCUCCAAAAACCAGCUUCUACUGUGCUAUUCAUUUCCGCCAUGACUUCAGGGCGACUUCGGAAGCAUAGAAUCCCCUCAUAAAAGAUGGUUGAUUCCCGAAACGCCGGUCUAUCUAUCAUCACAUCUCGAUGGUUGGGAGGAUCUGCAAGUCCAACGGUGUAGCGUUCGCCAAUUCCCAUUGGUCAAGAACGGCCGUCAAGACAAAAUCUCACCUCGGACCAAGCUUGCUUGACGUGCGCGGAGAGGGGGCGGGGAGAAUCGCGCUGGAGUGACCUGUGUGACAUGAAGAAGUCGAUUUGAUUGGUAACACGUCCUGCCUGUCAGAAGAACACAGCGAACGAGGUUAGAUUGCGCUGAUCAAAGCUGAUGUGUCCGACUUCAGGAAGUGAAGUUUCUCAGCUGCUCGAGUGAGAGGAAAACAGGUGAGAAAGGAUGACCACUUUAAUUCGACGUGGUCGACGCGCAGAAGAGGGUCAGGAACGCAGGGCGGAUUCAGAAGAUUCCAUCAAAGAUGAGGAAGACUCGGCCGAUUCUAAGGAAAUUCGCCUGACGCUUAUGGAGGAAGUGUUGCUUCUAGGACUCAAAGACAAGGAGGAACUGUUUGACUUGAUUGGAAAAUUUGGUGACUUAUCCCACUACAAAUUGAACAUUGCUAAAACUCAAGCUUUACCGAUAUGUAUGCCUAUUGUUGUGGUGGACUUGUUGAGACGCAAAUAUAGCCUUGAUUGGCAGGACACGGCCAUUACUUACCUGGGGACAAAAAUUACAGCGGAUCCCACUCAACUGUACCAGCAGAACUUUGCCCCAUUGCUCACAGAUACUCAAACCACCCUCCAAACGUGGAAGACCACGUAUGUGUCGUGGCUUGGCAGAAUUAAUGCAGUGAAGAUGCUUAUUCUACCGCGCAUUCUGUAUAAGUUUAGGGCACUGCCAAUACCCCUUUGCACUCCCUUUUUCCACCAACUCCAGCGGAUCUUAAACUUGUUCAUCUGGAAUUAUAAAAGGCCGCGGCUUUCACAAAAAGUGAUGCAAGCAUCAAAACGGAAAGCUGGCCUGGCCUGCCCUAAUGUCCUCACGUACUACAGAGCCAUUAUUUUAGAUCAACUGGCCGAUUGGCACUUACCCUCAGGGACGAAACAAUGGGUUGACAUGGAGAAUUGGAUAUAUAAACAGGAAUUUGGACAUACUGGGCUAUCCCACAUUUGGACUAUGGGAAGACAUCACCGCUCAGCAAUGGAACAUUUGCCGUUGUCGAUCACAGCAACUCUUCUCGCUUGGUAUGUUGCUAGACCCAAUCGUAACUUAACUAUCCCACUGUGCAGCCUUGUGCCACUUCACAUCUUGGCGGAGUCGGUUCAAGACUUAAAUCUCGGACAUUGGCUAGACAUGGGCAUCACGAAAGUGGGUGACCUUUACGACUGUGAUGGUUUCCUAACAUUCUCUAAGCUCCAAAAGGCUUAUGGUCUCUUAGAUGUACAAUUGUACACAUACCUACGUAUACGACACUAUUUCCAGGCGCAUCAAUGGUUGGGGAAGCACCGGCCCACCCGGUUUGAGUCUAAAUGUUGGACGCCUAUAUAUAAAAAUAAAGGCACCUCUAUUAUAUACGAUUUAUUGCUACAGCAUCGUGUGGAUGAGGCCCCUGCCGCUCUUGUACAGUGGCAAUCGGAUUUACAAAUACCGUUAUCGGUGGACACUUGGAAUCGGCUUUUUCGGCAAACCUCUAAGUUUUCGAAAGCACUUAACCACCAUGAACUAACAUUUAAGAUUAUGUAUAGAUGGUAUAUGACCCCGGAUAAGAUACAGAGAGCUUUUCCUAAUUCAUCCAACUUAUGCUGGAGAUGCCAUAGUGCUGUGGGGACAAUGUUACAUGUUUGGUGGGCCUGCCCACUGGCGCAAAACUACUGGUCCGCCAUCCGGGACUAUAUCCGUCAGCAUACGGGCAUACUCACCCCGUUUCAACCUGCUCUGUUCUUAUUGGGCCUGGGAAUUCCCAAGGUGGACCGAAGGGCCAAGAAAUGGCUUAUCCAAGCACUCCUAGCUAGCAGGAGCCUUUUAGCACGAUAUUGGAAACAAUCUGCCCUGCCUUCCAUCCACGAAAUAUCUAAGGAGGUUGAACGCAUCCAAUUAUACGAGCGAGUAUUCUGUUUUUGCCAACAAAAGUCGUUCUGAAAUGGAUCCAAGGAGAUCUGAAACUAUCCCCUAUGGGUUUUGCUCUACGCUGUGAUAAUAUUGUGGCCAUGAGACUCUGUAGGAAUAUCUUUAUGAUGUAUAUGAGGUUCCCAACUGCAUUUUUCUUGUAUGACUUACUGUGCUUCUGUGUGGCGGCCAGAUCUCCUUCCCUCCCUCCCCCCCCCUUUCUUCUCCUUCUCCUUCUCUCUGAAAAAUUGGUUGUAUGACUGAUCAAAAAUUGUUAAUAAAAAAAAAAAAAAAAAAAAAAUGCUGGCUUUUAGAAUAGAUAAUCUUAAAAGGCUGGUUAACUUUCAGUAUGUUAGUCGCUAAUUUUAAGCAACUUUGCAAUUGCCCUUAGUUUUUACUUUUUAUAGUUUCUGAAUGAUAUACCUUUUUCUUCUUCUUUUUUUUUUUUUUUAUAAUCUCUUUUAUUUUUCAAAAUUAGAUACAUUGACAGAGAAUAAUGUAAAUAUCAUUUUCAGUACAGAACAUUUCAACUGGUUCACAUCAGUACAGCUUCAUUCAGUAUAACAUACAUCAAAAGCAUUGUUUUACUCAAGGUUGUAGAAAUACAUUCCAUGGGGCCCAAAUUUGUGUAUGUUUCUCUACCCUGUCUUCUAAUAAAGCCGUUAAAUACAACAGA